UUGAAUGCAGCAUUGGUACUCUGUCCAAUCACAAGUCGGAACGGAGUUGCCGUAUAGUGUGACUGUGUCAAAGUGUCAUUGCAUUUGCUUUUAGUCGUUUUGUGAAGGCUAUUCUAAACAUCACAUUAAACCGCAUUCCAAUGUCGGAGCCCAAACUCCUGGUUCUUUAUGGGAGUCAGACUGGCACGGCCCAGGACACGGCCCAGAGGAUUGGACGACAGGCGAAGAGAAAGAGGAUACAGUUCCAGGUGUUGGCUUUGGACAGUUAUAAUGUGGCCAACCUGAUCUCUGAGUCUCUGGUGGUUUUUGUAUGUGCCACCACAGGUCAAGGAGACCCCCCUGAUAACAUGAGAAACUUCUGGAGGUUUCUCUUCAGGAAAUCUCUGCCUGCUGGAUCCCUCAGUCGUCUGGACUGUGCUGUGCUGGGCUUGGGAGACUCGUCCUAUCCAAAGUUUAACUUUGUGGCUAAAAAACUCCACAAACGCCUGCAGCAGCUGGGGGCCGGUUCGCUGCUGCCUGUAGGUCUCGCAGACGACCAGCAUGACCUGGGGGCGGAUGCUGUGAUAGAUCCGUGGCUCACGUCUCUGUGGCAGAAGGUAUUUGCCUUGUACCCGGCUUUGGCUACUCUCACUCCUCUGAGGGAUGAUGAACCACUUCCUCCAACCUACACAUUCCACUUCCUUGAUGACGUGAAAGAGGAGUUGCACGACAGACGAGGGUUCUCUUUAGAUCACGCCGUUCCCUCUCAGUCUCUGCCCUUUCCUGCCAAACUGGUGUCCAACGAAAGAGUGACGGAGGCGUCGCACUUUCAGGACGUGAGGCUCAUAGAGUUCGACAUCAGCGAAUCUGGGAUUGAGUUUGGUGCUGGUGACGUGGUGAUGAUGCAUCCCUGUAAUUCACCAGAAGACGUUCAACAGUUCUGUCAGCUGCUGAGGUUGGAUCCUGAGGCGACGUUCACGCUCAGAGCCACAGAAAAUACUGCAGUUCCCGCCAGGCUUCCGCAACCAUGCUCUGUGCGCCACCUGGUGGAGAAGUUCUUGGACAUUGCUGCCGUACCUCGACGCUCCUUCUUCGAACUUCUGUCCACCUUUGCCACCAACGAGCUGGAGCGGGACAAACUAGCAGAGUUCAGCUCCGCUGCCGGUCAGUCUGAGCUGCACAGUUACUGCAACCAGCCGCGACGCACAGCCCUGGAGGUUUUGGCAGAGUUUCCUCACACAACCGCAGAGCUCAAAGUGGACCAUCUCCUGGACCUCUUCCCUGAGAUCCAGCCUCGUUCCUUCUCCAUCGCCUCCUCUCUUAAGGCUCAUCCAGGCAGGCUCCAGAUCCUCGUGGCCGUCGUUCAGUACAAAACCAAGUUGUAUAAACCUCGGCGCGGUCUCUGCUCUUCGUGGUUGGCCUCUCUGGACCCGCACAAAGGUGAAGUGUCUGUACCCCUGUGGGUGAAGAAAGGAAGUCUGAGGUUUCCCACAGACCAGAACACGCCGGUGAUCAUGGUUGGACCUGGCACUGGUGUAGCCCCGUUCAGGUCAGCGUUGCAGGAGAGGAGGUCGGAGGGAAAAACAGACCACGUCCUGUUUUUCGGCUGCCGCUUCGAAUCCAAAGACUUUUACUUCAGGUCAGAGUGGGAGGAGAUGAUGGAGAGAGGACAACUGAAACUCUUCACUGCCUUUUCACGUGAUCAGGACAAGGUUUACGUACAGCAUCGCGUGAAGGAGAACUCGGAGCUCCUGUGGGACCUGAUCGCCAACAAACACGCCUGCUUUUACAUUGCUGGCAAUGCUAAACAAAUGCCGACCAGCGUGUGCGACGCUCUGAAAGACGCGUUCCAGCAGAAGGGGUGCAUGUCUGCAGGAGAGGCCGAGCAGAUGUUGACAGCCAUGGAGAAGUCAGGACGACUGCAGAGUGAAACCUGGUCUUGA